UGACUGAGUUAGUCUUGAUCUUGAUUUCCCAAAGGGAACAGCGGCCACGGCAGUCGUGCGUUCGACGGUGCGACGAUCGGACUCCGGUUAGAUUUGGCUCGCACGGAAAUGCGUCUCGGUUCGCUGUCAUGACAUACAUCCGCGUGGCCAUUUACGGAUUCGACGAUCGAUCGUUAGGAAUCUUCGGACGGUCAGUCCGUUUCGAGCGAUCGCCGUGGUGUCCACCGACAGUCCUCCAAGUGCAGUCCGUGAUAUAGGAGAUCGUGGACAAUAACACCUCCGGGAUCGGUAUAAACACGCCGCGUUCCGACUCGCGCCCGAUAGAACGCCGGCGGACUCGUAAUACCGCGAGAAAAAGGUUAGGCUACGGCGAACUGAGAUACACGCGCAAAGUGUUCGGCGAACAAGUCGAGAAAGUUGCACUCGCGACGAGAAACAUUUCAGAGAUAAAAGGAGAAAAAAAAAAAUAGAAGACACCAGGACGCGGACCUCGCGACGGCACCGUCGUCGCGUGUUUCACGGUUUGCAUUUGGGCACAGGACCGGCGUGCGACUAACGUCUCGUCGGGAAGUGUUGUGUUGUGAAUGAACGUUGGGACGGACGGACGGUCGAUAUCGAUUUCCGCGAUAUUUGAAAACUGUUCGAGUCGCCGUUCGCGAAGGAAAAGGGAUCGAUCUUUGUGCAGUUUACGCUCGAUAAUCGAAGGAUAAUCUGCGGCGAGACUGUUCUCGACCAACGUUACAUAAAAUGGUGGUGGACUACGCAAUAGUCGUCAGCGAGGCCCGGAAAAAGUACGGGGAAGGAGCAGCGAUUCUGAACGGUCUGAACCUAGCUGUUCCUAAAGGGUGCAUAUAUGGCUUGCUGGGGGCCAGUGGCUGUGGGAAAACCACCCUGCUAUCCAGCGUGGUCGGUGUACGGGAGUUGGACAGCGGCGACAUUUGGGUUCUCGGUGGGAGACCACGAUCCAAAGAGUCAGGCAUCCCCGGGCCACGAGUGGGAUACAUGCCGCAAGACGUUUCAUUGGUCGACGAGUUUUCUGUAAUUGGCGCGCUUUACUUCUUCGGCAGAAUCAACGGGUUGGACGAUCACGUAAUCGAGGAGAGGUUCGCGUUUUUGAAAGAUUUGCUACAGCUGCCGCCGCAAAACCGUUUGGUGAAGGACAUGAGCGGCGGCCAGCAAAGACGAUUGUCCUUUGCGGCCGCGUUGCUUCACAAACCCGAGUUGCUGAUCCUCGACGAGCCCACCGUCGGUUUAGAUCCGGUUUUAAGGGACAAUAUCUGGGACCACUUGGUGAAGAUCACGCGCGAAGAUAACGUCACGGUUAUCAUCACCACGCACUACAUCGAGGAAGCGAAACAGUCCGACAAGAUCGGAUUAAUGAGGAAUGGACUGUUACUGGCCGAAUCGUCGCCGACCGAGCUGUUGGAACGAUGUCACACGGAAUCGCUGGAAGAAGCGUUCCUGAACCUGAGCGUUCAAGCCGAGAGCCAACCUCAAAAUUUCGUCCAAACGUCGAUCCCGAUAACAGAGCUCUGCAACGUCGUCACACUGGACUCGAUUUACGGGAAUUACGCGUCAAAAAAGAACGUACAAUGGCGAAGCAGCUCGAAGAAAAGAUGCAAGGCCUUGUUCAUGAAGAACGCUUUGCAAUACAUACGCCACCCUGGAGGAGUUUUGUUCUCGAUAAUAUUGCCGAUGCUGCAGCUGUUGCUGUUCUUUAAUUCCAUCGGAUUGGACCCAAAAGGAGUGGCUAUAUCUAUCGUGAACGAAGAGGCUGGGAAUUGCGACAAUGGGAUGAAUCUGGGAAAUAUUACGUACGACGAAAAUGAGUUUUCGUGCAAAUUCUCGGACCUCAGUUGCAGACUGAUACACGGUAUCAACUCGUCCGUUUUGAACAAAAUAUAUUACGAUGACUACGAUCUGGCGGUAAAAGAAAUCCCUUCAAAGAAAAGCGUCGGAGUAAUGUAUUUCAGUAGAAAUUUUUCGGACGCCACGCAAGCAAGGAUGGAUGACUUUUUAUCGACGACAAACGAGGACGCCAUUGCCAGCCAGAUAGAAGUUAUGAUGUACACGCCAGAUAGACAAAUCAGUUUGUUCGUACAAAGACAACUGUACGAUGAUUUCUUCGACGAAUACAAGGCCAUCAUAAAGGAGUGUCAUAUAUCUCCGAAAUUCGCGGAUUUGCCAGUACGGUUGGAAGAUCCCCUUUAUGGCAAAAAAGAUCAGAACUAUAUGACUUUCAUUUUGCCGCCAUUUUUACUGACGGUGAUGUUUGUUUUGUCCACAUCGAUUUCCUCGAGCAUAAUCAUAACUGAUCGACACUCGGGCGUGUGGGACAGGAUCCUGGUUCAAGGUGUUACGACCUCGGAAAUUUUAGUCACGCACUUCAUAUCCCAACUGUUAGUGAUACUCUUACAAGCCGCGGCAGCACUGUGCAUCUGUUUCUUACAAUCAGAUGUGGAGUGGAAAGGUUCGGCGAUGCCGGUAAUUGGGAUGACGAUACUCGCGGGGAUUUGUGGGAUGUCAUAUGGCUUCCUAAUAUCGGUUCUGUGCACAUCCCACACUCUUGUCAAUUAUGUGUCUGUAGGAAGCUUUUAUCCAUUGAUUCUCCUUUGUGGACUCUUGUGGCCAGUGGAGGGGAUGCCGAAGGUCGUGAAAUGGUUCAGUUUAAGUUUACCAGUAACGAUACCAGGCACUUCGUUGAGGGGCGUUAUGGAGAAAGGGAAAUCGAUGAGCGAGCCGGAAGUCUACUCCGGGUUUUUAGUGCUUUCAGGAUGGAUCCUGGGGCUCACGUCGAUCUGCCUGUUUCACCUGAGGUCGAAGUCCGCGUGAGAGGCAAAUGUGAUCAGGGUGGUGAAAGGAAAAAUUUAAACGAAGUAGCUGAUACUUAUUCGUUCGUGCAAUAGUGAGAAUGGAAUUUUUGUUUUUUCACGCGUUCCACAGGGUCGAUUCGUUUUUAGGUUUAUUCUAGUUUCGUGUUUUCAUGAAAUGUGCAAUAUUGUAUGUUUUGUUUUUUUUGUAUAGUCGAUAAGGAAACAGUAAUUUAAACAGAGGAUACGGUAUACGUCCGAGCUACUUUUGUAACAAACAUUGUUGAAUAUACGAGUCCGGACACGUCGCGAAAUAAUUGUUGUUUAGAUAUACGGUUACGUUGUAGGAUAAAAUGUGUGAAUAGAAGCUAAACUCGUUGACAAUUGUUAAUAAAUACUUGUAUAUUUUUCAAUAACUUUCGAUUAUUUGUAUAUUGCGAUAUUAAGGCGAUUAUCGUCACCGAGGGCAUUCAAUUCAUUCCAAUUUAUUUGUUCGUUCAAUUUGACGAGACCGCGUAAAACGAACACUUUCUUAUAUUUAUUUUAACGAAGCUGUUUAUUUGAAAUUUGUCUUCGUGUAUUCCGUUCGAAGCAGAGCUAAAUACGCGAAUGGAAACAUAUUUGAACGCAAAUAAGUGAACUAUGUGCGAACAGUUAAAUCAAAUUUACCUGAUACUUAUACUCUUCGUUAAAAUCUCUUGUUUUUACUGUUCUGGGACCACAAUGAAACGUUCCACGUCGUAGUUCGAUCUAUAAAACGUAAAAGUAAGACGAGUAUCACCGGAUAAUGUCAAUAUUGGUUAUCGAUCGUUAGAAGAAAAAAAAAAGAAAUAUUUAACAGGGUCCAGAUUAGUACGAUAAAAUGAAAUUAAUCUUUCUUGGCGUCAAUGAAAUAUAGUUCUUCGUUUCUGAUUUAUUUAUCUCCUCUUAUACGUUUUCACAGUUAUACAUGUUUACGACAUUCACUAGAUCGGAUUAACAUAGUAUACAAACAUAUACAACGUGCGAACUAUGUGAACAUUUCUUCUUUUUUUUUUUUUUGUUUUUUUUUUUUGUCUUUAUAAUAUUUUGUAACUCGUUCUUGGAUUGGAGAAUAUUUAUCAAUAACCGUACUGGGAUACGUCACAUCGACCAUCGAUCCUGGAAUAUAUUUCUUUACAAAAAAAACGAAUAAAAAAUAACGCGGGCAUUUAGGUUAAAUCACGUGAUAUACGCUGGCGUCCAAGCAUUUUCUUUUUUUUUUUUUUUUUUUUGUUGAUCACGACACCUACAUCGAACAAUACAAUCAGCUCGAUAGUCAACUGAGACGAAUGCGUUUUAUGCGAGAUAUCUUACAAGUAUCUGGCACUUAGGUGAAAGAUUGUUAAAUAAAUCAUACAACGUUACGAUAAAAA